GGAGCCACCCAGCCAUGGAAGCCACCACCUCGCUGCUGGACGCGGCGGCAGUCGGGGACCUGGUGCUGCUGGACCCACUGACCGAGGAGUCACUGCUCCACACGCUGCAGGAACGCUUCCACCGCAGCGACAUCUACACGUACAUUGGGAACGUGGUGAUCUCGGUGAACCCGUACCGGCCCCUGCCCAUCUACACCCCCGAGAAGGUGCAGGAGUACCACAACUGCAACUUCUUCGCUGUGAAGCCCCACAUCUACGCCAUUGCUGAUGAUGCCUACCGCUCACUGCGGGACCGGGACAGGGACCAGUGCAUCCUCAUCACUGGCGAGAGUGGGGCUGGCAAGACAGAGGCCAGCAAGCUGGUGAUGUCCUACGUGGCGGCUGUGUGCAGCAAAGGCGCGGAGGUGGACAAGGUGAAGGAGCAGCUCCUGCAGUCCAACCCCGUGCUGGAGGCCUUUGGAAACGCCAAGACCGUCCGCAAUGACAAUUCCUCCCGAUUCGGCAAGUACAUGGACGUGGAGUUCGACUUCAAGGGGGAGCCCCUGGGAGGGGUCAUUAGCAACUACCUGCUGGAGAAAUCCCGCAUCGUCCGGCACGUGAAGGGCGAGAGGAACUUCCACAUCUUCUACCAGCUCCUGGCUGGGGGCUCAGUGCAGCUGCUCCAGCAGCUGAAGCUCCGCCAGGACUGCCGGCACUACGGCUACCUGAACCCGGAGAGCUCCAGCCUGCCCGGCAUGGACGACGCAGCCAACUUCCACGCCGUACAGGAUGCCAUGAGGGUCAUCGGCUUCUCACCUGCCGAGGUGACGGCGCUGCUGGAGGUGACGGCCGUGGUGCUCAAGCUGGGCAACGUGCAGCUGAGCAGCAGCUACCAGGCCAGCGGGAUGGAGGCUUGCAGCAUCGCUGAGCCUCAGGAGCUGCAGGAGAUCUGCAAGCUGAUCGGGCUGGACCCCAGCGUGCUGGAGCGGGCGCUGUGCUCCCGCACAGUGAAGGCACGGGAUGAGAUGGUGCUCACCACCCUCAGUGUCCCCCAGGGCUACUACGGCCGGGAUGCACUGGCCAAGAACAUCUACAGUCGCCUCUUUGACUGGCUGGUAAACCGCAUCAACACCAGCAUCCAGGUGAAGCCAGGCAAGCAGAGGAAGGUGAUGGGCGUCCUGGACAUCUACGGCUUUGAGAUCUUCCAGGACAACGGCUUCGAGCAGUUCAUCAUCAACUACUGCAAUGAGAAGCUGCAGCAGAUCUUCAUCCUGAUGACCCUGAAGGAGGAGCAGGAGGAAUAUGUCCGAGAGGGCAUCCAGUGGACCCCAGUAGAGUUUUUCGACAACACCAUCAUCUGCAACUUGAUCGAGAACAGCAAGUGCGGGAUCCUGGCCAUGCUGGACGAGGAGUGCCUGCGGCCCGGCGUGGUCAACGAGGACACCUUCCUCACCAAACUGAACCAGCUCUUCACCACCCACAAGCACUAUGAAAGCAGGGAGACCCAGAACGCCCGGCACAUCAUGGACACCAGCCUGCCACCGCAGAGCUUCCGCGUCCACCACUAUGCCGGCAAGGUGACCUACAAUGUGACGGGCUUCAUCGAGAAGAACAAUGACCUGCUCUUCCGCGACCUCUCACAGGCAAUGUGGGCUGCCCGGCAUGAGCUGCUGCGCUCCCUCUUCCCCGAGGGAGACCCCCAGAAAGUCUCCCUCAAGCUGCCCCCCACUGCAGGCUUCCAGUUCAAGUCCUCGGUGGCGAUGCUGAUGAAGAAUCUCUACUCCAAGAACCCCAACUACAUCAGGUGCAUCAAGCCCAAUGAGACCAAAGCAGCCAUGCUCUUCACGCCGGAGCUGGUGUUGGCACAGAUCCGGUACCUGGGGCUGAUGGAGAACGUGCGGGUGCGGCGGGCAGGCUAUGCCUUCCGCCAGCUCUACGGCCCCUUCCUGCAACGCUACAAGAUGCUCAGCCCCCGGACCUGGCCCCGCUGGGCCCGCAGCGACAGGGAGGGGGCUGAGGUGCUGCUGGCGGAGCUGGCGUUCCCCCCUGAGGAGCUGGCAUAUGGCCACACCAAGAUCUUCAUCCGCUCACCGCACACCCUCUUCGACCUGGAGAGGCGGCGCCAGGAGCGCGUGUCCCAGCUUGCCGCCCUCAUCCAGAAGACGUUUCGGGGCUGGCGGUGCCGGACUCAGUACCAGCUGAUGCGCAAGAGCCAGAUCAUCAUCUCCGCCUGGUUCCGGGGCCACAGGCAAAAGAACAAGUACAAGCAGAUGAAGCGAUCGAUACUGAUCAUCCAGGCAUACACACGGGGCUGGAAGGUGAGGGCUGGGCACCCCGAGGCCACUGGCUGCGGCCAGCAGGUCUCCAAGCGCGGGCAGCAUGGGCAGCACAGGCAGCGUGGGCAGUGGGGUGGGGGGUGUGGGGCAAGGAGGGGCCAGGGACUCAAUGUGCCCCAUGUUGGGACCAGAGUCAUCUCCCCUCCCCAUCUUCCAUCCUUCUCUCCUGCCUUGCUCCCUCUCGCUCCGUAUCUGUGUGGGUCUCCCCCUGCCUCGGGCUCCCUGGGCUUUCGCCUCCCGCAGUCUCGCUGGCUCCUCCGGGAGCUGAAGUGCCAGCGCCACCGUCACGCAGCCGCUGCCACCAUCGCCGCUUACUGGAGAGGGUACCAGGUCCGCAGGGCGUACCGGCGAUAUUUCCGCUCCGAGGCCAGUGCCCGCCUGGCCAACUUCAUCUACCGGCGGCUGGUGCAGAAGUUCCUGGUUGGGCUGGGGAAGAACCUCCCGCCACUGUCGGUGAUGGAGCGGACCUGGCCCCCCGCACCAUACAAGUUCUUGGCCAACGCCAACCAGGAGCUGCGGAGCAUCUUCUACCACUGGAAGUGCAAGAAGUACCGGGAGCAGCUGACGCCGCAGCGCAGGGCCCUGCUGCAAGCCAAGCUCUGCGCCAGCGAGCUCUUCAAGGACAAGAAGAUGCUCUACUCCAAAAGCCUGCAGCAGCCCUUCCAGGGCGAGUACCUGGGGCUGACGCAGAACCCCAAGUACCAGAAGCUUCACGCCAUGACCAAGGACAAGCUGGUGAUGGCCGACACCGUGAGGAAGGUGAACAGAGCCAGCGGCAAGACGGUCCCACGCCUGCUGCUGCUCACCACCGAGCACCUGGUCCUGGCCGACCCCAAGGCCGCCCAGCCCAAGACCGUGCUCAGCCUGAGUGACAUCCGCAGCGUCUCUGUCACCCGCUUCUCUGACGGCCUCCUGGCCCUGCACGUCAAGGAGACCUCCACGGGGGGGCCCAAGGGCGACUUCUUGCUCAUCAGCAACCACCUCAUUGAGCUCAUCACCCGCCUGCACCAGACCCUGAUGGACACCACGGCCCAGGGCCUGGGCCUGCACAUCACUGACCAGUUCUCCACCCGGUUUCAGAAGGGUGACGUGGCCAUCACCGUGGUGGAGUCAGCCAAGGCGGACAGCAACGGCCCCGUCUGCAAGAAGCGGGGCAGCAACAAGAUGGUGGUCCUGGUCCACUGAGGAGACCCCUGUCCCCGACCAGGACCCCCACCCACACACUAGCACCCCCACCCACCCACCUUGUGUCAUCCCCCUGCCCCACUGGGUCCUUGCACCACCCAGGAAUUGCUGCAAAACCAUUAAACAGAUGCUCUGGUGUCCGUCCCUGGGCACUGCUGCAGUGGGUGCCCCUCAUUACAGGUGGGGGAGGGGCACCCAGUUGUGCCGGAGCCCCGGGACACGGUGCCAGGGGGAUGGAGCAGGACAGGGGCAGAGCCCAGCCCCGAGGGUACAGACAACCCACCCCCCCCUGGACCCCCUGCCUUUUCCGCUGCCUGAUUGCG